AUGACCUGGGUUGUAAUUUUUUGGCUACUAUUAUUGAUAAUUCCAGAAAAAGUGGUCACUUGUUUCCUUGGAUCUUUUUGUCUCAAAUUUGAACUGGCAGAAAAUAAGGCGUUCUGGGAUUACGUGCUUCAAAACAAAUGGGGAAUGUAUUAUGCACCACAACUUCCACUUGUCAGCCUUCAUAAACGAGAGCCCAUCACCAAUUUUCUUUGUAAUACAAGCACACCCAGAAGGUACAACAACUUCAUUGGCAAGUUCUUGCAUGGUCAAAAAAUUCUUGUCACUGAUCAGCUUGGAAUCACGCCAAACGUUGAUCAUCUGCUUUGCAGUUCCAAGAUAGAGAUUGUGCAUUGGAUCAAUAAUAGUACACCAAACUGGAUCAAAGUAUGUCAAUAA